AUCACAUUUUGACUGCAAGAUGAAUGUAUAUCCAUACUGAUAAAACACAGGUUAACGUUGGCCCACUCACCUGUCGAUUUAAAAGGAUGAACAGGCACUUCUCCCCAGCCCUUCAGUCUUUUCCCCAUGGCCACUUCUGUCGUACCGCAGGAUGAUUUCUUGAUGGCAGUAUGGAGCAUUCAGGUGAUGAAUUAUACCGAUGUCGCGGUUACUACUCUUUGGGCUUAUGAUUUAUUGUUACGAUUCCAACAAGAGGCAACAUUUCUCGCCCAAGCCAACAAGAACGUUGCAAAAUUCCUGUACAUCGGAGCCCGCUAUAUGCCGUUGUUGAUAGCUAUUCCUGGGCUCAUCUUUGACCAAGUCUCCCACAUGGGGAACGUUGACUGUCAGAGUGUAGGUGAUCUUGCAACAGCCUUCGGCCUGAUAGCAGCAUUCUGCGCGGAAUCCAUCUUCGUACUCCGAACCUGCGCUAUGUGGGAGGUGAAACACCUUCUACGUCGGAUUAUGUUCAUGAUCGUAGCUCAGGGUAUAACAGUUACUGGGCUAAUCAUUUUCAGCUUUGUCCCGGGGCAGUACGUAUUUGUACCUGAUGUUCCGACAUGCAAAACAUUGCAAGUUGCAAAAGCGCAACGGCUAUUGGUGGCGUUCCUGGCGCUCCUGAUAUUAGAAUUUGUCCUUGUUAUUUCUACCACUGUAAGGGCUGUGAAGAAUUACAGAUCGACACCAAGACCACUCCUUACACUUCUCCUCACGCACCAUAUGUUCUACUAUGGUUGUGGAUUUCUCUUCAGCAUUAUCAAUGUCCUGUGUGUAGCGCUGUUCGAAUACGAAUAUGCUACAGUCUUCUUUAACCCUCAAAUAAUGAUGCAUGCAAUCUUGGCAACACGUAUGCAGUACCAGCUCUGGGAGUCCGAGAAUGCUCGAAAGAGUUAUCGGUCAGAGCAGUACCCUAUGUCGUUGUUAUUCCGGCAACCCCCAGAAGAGACUGCGACGUCUUAGUCAGGUUCAUGCUAUAAGUGACUGUCGCUGGCAGUAAUCUACAGUGUGUAGCACUAGUGACGUGUAGUAUGAUUGAGCCUCCUGCUGGCCUUUCAUUUGACCAUCCGCGAUUGAUCGAGGGUGUCACAUGUGUCUGAAUGACCGUCUUAGAUUUGCUAUCACGUACGAA